CCAUGGCCGGAGUAUCAUGGGCGAUGUCUCUGCUGUUACUACUGGCGCUCCACCCUCCGAUGGUGUCCGCAGCCCCCGCCCAACACCUGUGCGGCUCUCGCCUGGUCGAUGCCCUCUACUUCGUUUGCGGAGAGCGAGGCUUUUUCUACAGUCGCAACCGACCCUACAAGCGGGAUUUAGAUCAUCUGCUCGGGUUCCUGUCCAAAAGGGCCAGACAGGAGCAGCAGCGGUCGAUGGAGAGUCAUAGCGAGCCCAAGGUGAAGAGAGGCAUCGUGGAGCAGUGCUGCCACAGGCCGUGCAGCAUUUACCACCUGGAGGGCUACUGCGACUGACUCGUCCCUCCUCACACACCAUCACUCAUACCAUGUAAAGUCCACUUCCACACCACUAGUCCUGGCUGUGUCUGAUUAACUGAAGGAAAAUAAAGCAUCAUGACCCAUAA